UGGUAGAGUCAAAUGACAGUAAAAGUCUCACUACACCCUGAGAAUUGUCAUUCAAUGACCGUCAUUUAUAUAUUUACUCAUUCCUAGGAAAUUUAAGUUAAAGAAACAUUUGUGUUACUUGUUUUUACGGAUACUGUGUACUUCUUCAACGUUAUAUAUUUUUAUGGUUGCAGAUGGCAGCUCUGCAGGACUCGGGGCGUAUUCCUAUUAUCCCGUACAUUAUCCUUCAGGAUGCAGUCGUUAGUAUAUAGUUAUACCCGUAGCGAUCCGCUCGUGAUAAUUACGUUGAAAUAAAUUUGAGUAAAUUCAAAAAUGUGAAAAAACUAAUUGUAUUCCGACAUUAAUAAAUAAUAAUGCCGUUUUGGUUAGACUAUUAUGCUUAGUAGUUGUUGUGGGUGUAUCAAAAAAGAAGACGAAACAAAAGUGGAUAACAAAAAAAAUCAAAAAGGAAGUGGCAGUGUGUCGACUAGGAAGUUAUCGCACUCGAAAUGCCUUGACGAUGAUUCGGAAAUCAAGGGUAACAGUGCGAAUGAUAACAAUAAAUUGCACCAUGCUGUAUUAACGAACGGUAACGCAGUUGAAACGAAAAACGCAAACAACGAACAAAUAAAAAUCGAAAUUUUGGAAACUCCGACAAACAAUGGAACGGAAAUGGCCGUUUCUGAAGAUAUAAUUAAGCCAAGUCCCGUUAAAAGUAUAAUGAAACGAAAAUUAUCAACAGAUGCUGUAACAAACCAACCAAAACUAUGCUCAGAUUUAAAACGACAUUCGUUACAUGUUUUCACUUUGGAAGAACCAGACGAUGAUGUUUUCGAAGACGGGGUGACACCGUCGGCAAACGUUUCCAAAAAUUUGGGAACCCCAUACCCCUGUAAACGGGAGCAAAUUCCUCUACCUCGAUGGUUUUCAGAGGAGGAAGACAGCGUGCAACAGGAGAUAGGUGGUACUUGCGAGCCUCCUGCUACACCUAUAGGAAGAGACGAACUUGCUCUAAAGAGGCAUAGAUUUUUUUCAGAACUUCUAAACGCUGCACGAAGUGCCGAGGAGCACAGAGUUCGAUUUGACCCUUUAGGACCAGUAAUUGCCGGCGUAAAUGAUGGUGAAUUCUGCCAGCAGUUUAAUUCUGAACUAGAAGCGCUUGUUUCAAGGUUGGAAAACGUUGCAACAAAAUUGGAAAACAUUUGCUUACCAUUUCAAAAAUAUACGAGAGAAAAUUCUAGUCAAGUUUCCCAACCUAUAACUUCCAGUGAAAUAACAAUUUCUGGUACAGUUAUACAGGACAGUGAGAGCAUUACAAUGAGUGUGCAAGGAUUUCAGAACAUCAUUCAAGGACCUCUGGCUCAUUACUUAAACAUUUCCCUACAAAUAGGUGGAGAUGUUGCUGAACAAAGCAAAUAUGUGAAGAAUGCCUUUGAUGCCCAGUUUCAAUACCUUGUCUUUGCUAGUCAAAAUAGGCAACCAGCUCAAGCUGACCAGAUUGCCUUUCUUCAGCCAACAAGUCAACAAAUUUCUAAUAUCCAGGAUUAUCGUGAAAAGCAUCGUACUUCACCAUUUUUCAAUCAUCUGUCUGCUAUAAGUGAAAGUAUUCCUGCCUUAGGAUGGGUCACUAUUAGUCCAGCUCCAGCCCCAUACAUUAAGGAAAUGAAUGAUGCUGGCCAAUUCUAUACCAACAGAGUUCUGAAGGAUUGGAAAGAGAAAGAUAAGAGGCAUGUCGAUUGGGUUAAAGCUUGGAUUGAAACUCUCACUGAAUUACAAAGCUUUGUGAAGCAGUAUCAUACUACAGGUUUAGUUUGGUCUGGUAAAGGUUCUGCUCCCACAAGUGGUGGUUCUAUUCCACCUCCACCUCCACCUGGAUGCCCACCACCACCAAGCUUUGAAAACUUUCACAUAUCUGACGAUCCUGGAGUUGAUCGUUCUGCUCUCUUUGCAGAAAUUAAUCAGGGUGAAAAUAUCACCAGAGGUUUGAAGAAGGUGACAUCUGAAAUGCAGACUCAUAAGAACCCAACUCUUCGUCAAGGUCCUGUUCCUUUCAAGCCACCAACGAAUGUGUCCCCUGUUGGUUCUAAGCCUGCUGCAACAGUUAAUAAGUCUCCAGUAUUUGCUAGAGAUGGCAAAAAGUGGCUAAUUGAGUACCAGAAGAAUAAUCAUGGUUUAGUAGUUGAUAAUGUUGAAAUGAACAAUGUUGUGUAUUUGUUCAAAUGCGAGAACUCAACUGUAACCGUCAAAGGCAAACUUAAUUCAAUUACAUUGGACUCUUGCAAGAAAACGUCUAUUGUUUUUGACACACUUGUCUCUUCUUUGGAGUUCAUUAAUU